AUGUCCUCCUAUUACACCUACCCAAAGCCCAUGGUCACCAUCGACCACGAGCAUUUCCCUCGCAUUUUCGAACAGGUUGUCCGGAACACGCCUUUCGAAUUCCUCAAAACCCUCCGCGCCUGCAGUCGCUACUACUGCCACCAAGUCGACACCGAGCUCCUACGCCAUGUCAAGACGCAGCCGUACAUGUACCACCCCGGAAGACCUCAUUAUCCGUACAUGUACCACCCCGACAAACCUCGUUAUCCUUGGCUGCUCCUCGUUCCCGGGCUCGGGUUGCCUCUCUCCUGGUAUGAUAAUCGCGCUCGCCACGUUCAAGUCCUGGAUGCUAGCCGCACCAUCCUCGCGGCCGGACACGAUUUCGCGCACCAGGUUCUCGCCCCGCGCCUGCUGCGCUUUCAACUUUCGGGCCUCUUGGACCCCGCUCACUUCCGCCUCCAGGCGCCGACGGUCGUUGUCUUUAUCGCUCCCCAGGAACUCCCCAGUACCAUCCACUGCGGAGGGGAAGUCGUAACCUCUGACGACCCAUUAUUCCCCGACUCGCAGCGGUGGGCCUCCCACUUCCGGCCCGGCAACCGAAUCCCGCCCUGCAUCCUUGGUCUGCCCCAGGUCGACAUGGCCGCCACCGAGCGCCUCGUCUUCAACCUCCACGUCCACCCCGACCACCACAUGUUCGGACAGUGGGAAAUCGACUUUGCCACAUCUCACCGCCUACGCCCUUUACAGAUCUACGUCGUCGCGAGUCGCGACGACGCACCUCUCGGAUGGCAACACCAGAUGCCCCGCGGUACGCCCCUCUUCGAGGGCCGGAUUCUCAACCGCCUCCUCCUCUGCAUCGGGCGCAUGAUGGCGCGCAACCUCCCUCGAGUCCAAGUCGCGUUCAUCAACGCCAACAGCUGGGACCAUAACUGGCUCGCCACGUCUUUCGUUGACAAGUCCAGCUACUUUGAGAUCGACGAGGACGACCUCGACCUCGACGGCUCCGAAACUGCGACCAUGGAGGAACGCAUCCAGUACUGGCUCAACGAGGCGAUCGAGAACCAGUUCGAGCAGUACAUGGGCGCUCCGUUCAACGACGAUGCCGAUAACUAUACCCGUUUCCUCACGUUUGACGAGUUCCGCGCCGAGAUCCCGGACAACGACUUUGUCUUUGACAGGAUCAUGUGCCCGUAG